AUGCCAAUUACCUUUGAAGUAUCAUCUGUUAAAGCAACCCCAGUUAGAGAUUAUCACCAACCGCAAGAGAAAGUAACCUAUCAAAAAAUUAGAUCAAGUUUAGAUGCUUCUCCUGUAAAGCCUAUUGCAUUGGGAAAGAAUUCAUUUGUGAUGAGUGCUGCUAUUGCCUAUUCUAGUCAUCAUAAUUGGGUAAUUAAACCAGAUGAUGUAUGGCUUGCUAUUUGUACUCAAUUUUCCAAUUAUGUAAAUGGAAGAUCAGAAGAAUUGAGAGACAAAUUCGUGGAUUUUGAAGGAAAGAAACAAUUAAUUGUGUAUGGAGGAGGUACUUUGAUGACUGCAGAUUAUGCUUCUCUUUCAUUAGAUAUGACAACACAAAUUGCAAAGAAUAUUAAGGAUCCAAGUGUAAGAGAAUGGAUAAUGCCAGAUUUUACAACAACUACCGAAACAGAUCGAAUGAUUGGUGCAGUUGUAUUAAUGGCUGCUAUGAAAAAUUAUUUUGAUUACAUGUUUAGUUUGUGUUGCAAUUUACCAAAUGUAACAUUAUUGGGCGAAGUUGAGGAUUGGGUUUCAAUUAGAGAAAGAGCAAAUAGAUUAUUGGAAUUUGAUACAAAGGAAAACUGUAUGAAAAAAUGGUCCAAACUAUUAUUCCCAGUUUUGGACAAAUUUGUGGAAUCUAUUAAAGGAAAUCCUGAUAAGGAAUGGUGGAAUAGAGUUGCCCAUCAUUGUGGUGGUGGAUCAGGUCCUUCCUAUUUGUCUGGUUGGAUAACUUCAUUUUGCGUAUUCUCAGAUAAAGGUCAUUGGGUGGGAGAUCAAAAAUCUGUGAAUAUUUGGGGGGAAACAACCACAAUGGAAUGGCCUAUUAUUGAUCAAGAUGUUAUUCCAAGAGGGUAUGUCAGUGUUCCAAUUGUUGUCGAUGAUAACGGAACAAUUUAUGACACUGAAAUGUUUGCUGGACAUAUGUCUACAGAGCUAUUAGAAGAUGGAAAGACUCUUAAACCAAGAGCUGAUUGGGCACUCUUUGUUGCAAAGAAAAUUUAA